AUGUACAAUAUAUCACCACAAUCAAUUCAAACUUUACCAAAAAUCCCUAGUGCUGACAGAUUGUGUAGAAGGCAAGGAGGUGACUAUCAUAGAUCAAUUUUAAACAAAUUGAAAUUUCUUAGAUACAACAUAGUAUUCAAUUUCCCAAUGAAUAGGCCAUUGGGGGGUAAUAAAAUUAGUAUAAAUAAUAGUAUCCAACCAGAGACAGACAUUAUAGAGAGUGAUGACGAAACUGAUGAAGACAACUCAGAUAGUGAGGAUGAAAAUAAAAAUGGUGCAGAUGAAAGUGUAAAAUCCAAUAGAGUUGGUAAUGUUUUAAAAAAAUCAGAUACUAUAGAUUUGGUUUCUAAUAGUAAUGCUGAAUUUAAAAUUAAUAACCCUUUAAAUAAUGAUAAUAAUAGUAAUGAAAAUACAGAUAAUAUUAAUAUUAAUAAUAAUAAUAAUAAUAAUAAUAAUAAUAAUAAUAAUAAUAAUAAUAAUAACGCCACUUUAAACAAUAACGAAUACAAAGUUUCACCAAAUAAAAAAAGAGAAAAAGAAUUAGCAAAAAUUAAAGAUCUUGAAGAAUUUAAUACCUUAUUAAAUGAAUUAAAAGAAAGAAAGAAAAAAGAAAUAGAAAUCAAAUUAAAAAUUAAAGAGAUUAUUAAAGAACAUGAAAGCUCUAUUAAAAAAGAAGACUCGACACCAACCAAACCAACCACACCAACAAUACAAACUACCCCAACCAUACAAGCUACACCAACAUUACAAACUACACCAACAUUACUAACCACACCCAAUGAUUUAAAGGAAAAUAAUAAUGAAAUUGAUAUCAAUUGUAAUAGUGAUGACAAAGAAAACAAAGAAAAGGGAAAAGAUAAAAAAGAGUUUGAAACAUCUAAUGCAAAUAUCACAAAUACAAUUAUACCCACAACAAAUAAUGAAAAUAUUGAUAAUAGCUUAAAUAAUAAUAAUAAUAAUAAUAAUAAUAAUAAUAAUAAUAAUAAUAAUAAUAAUAAUAAUAACAUGAGUGAAAGUAAUAAAAAAACCUCAGAAAAAUUAAACAAUUUAAUCAAUAAUUUAACAGAUUUAAAUAGCAAUAGUGAAAAGAAAUAUCAAAUAUUUAAUGAAAGAUUAAAAUAUUUUUUUAGCACUUCAAUCUUAUUUUUAUAUAAAUCGCCAAAGAUAUUGGUAGAAUUCCCAGCCGGCAUUUGUGAAACACCAAAGUCAGGACCCAAGUUAAAUUUAAUUACACCUCUAUCAGAAAUUGGUCAUUUAUCAUUGUUAAAGAUUGGUGUAAGGAAUUUUCAAGUAUUAUGGAGAAAUAAAAGCACAAUGAAAAUAGAACAUGAAUUCACUUUCUGCUAUGACGAAGUAACAUUUCAUAAGGUCACAAACAAAUGUACAAACUCAAGAAUAUUUUAUUUCAAAAUUAACCAUUUGGAAGAAGAUGAAAACAAUAUCGAUGACCCACCACCAAAAAGAAAACCAGUUGAUAAAAAUUCUUUAUCAUACUUAAAAGAUUUCUUUUUCGUUUGGCCACAAUAUAGCGAAGAAUAUAGAGAUGAUUAUUUUAUCGAAAAAAUAAAUAGUAUCGUUGGUGAUAAGGUUAAAAAGAAAAGAUCCAAAAUUAAACAAGCUGCUAUGUCCAAAGUUAUUCAGGCCGCUUUUUCUUUCCCAUCAAUAAGAAAAAGUAUAGUACCAACUCCAUUUAAAGAAGGACCACUUAGAAGCUAUACUGAUAAUUUAUUUAAUAAUCAUAACCAAAAUAAUAAUAACAACAAUAAUAACAGUAAUAACAAUAGUAACAAUAAUGACAAAAUUAAUAGUAUUGGUAAUAGUAACACAAAUACUAUAAAUAAUUUAAACCCAGUUAAUGUAAAUAGUACAAAUGAUCAACUUAAAUUGAAACUAAAUAAUAUUAAUGAUAAUGAAUCUGAUGAGGAUUUAGAAAAACCAAAGAAAUGGAUAAUGAACCCUUUAAUAGACUCUGAAUUACCAGCUUCACCAUCCUCAAUAAUUAAAAAUAAUCAAAGUGCCUUUACUCCAUCAAAUUCAUUAACACCAAAUUUUACAUCAAACUCACCAAGUACCUAUUUGAACAAAUCAAUACAGCAAUCAUCCAUAUCACCUUCACCAUCAAACAUUACAUUGGAUUCACCAUAUACCGAAAUCCUUCAAAGAAUUACAGAGUUUUCAAGACCAAUAGAUUCUGAAAAAAUGGUUGAACCAAGAAAAAGAGCCGGAAGUUGGGGUCACUCAAAUGAUAAUGUUUUUGAUUUUUCUUCAAAAUCACCAUCUAUUUUUGAUCAUCAAAAACAAAUUAUAAACAAUAGUAUUAAUAACCAUAAUAACAGUAGUAGCUCAAUUGAAACAAUUACGAAAAAGAUUAAAAUUCCUAUUUUAGCUACAUCAAUAUCCAAAAAAAUAUCUUUAGUCGAUGAUAUCGAACUUCUACCCUCACCUCCACCAAGAAAAACCAGCAUCUCCUCCUCUUCAAUACCAACAGCAACAAACCAAGCCAAUACAAAUACUAAUGCCACCUCUACCUCUACAAAUAGUAUUAGCUCCACCCCGACCUCUACAACACCAACAUUGCACUCUUCCCAACCAAAUUUAAAAACCACAAGCUCAUUAGAUUUAACAAAAUCUGAAGAUUCAGUUAUUAAAAAAGAUAAUUCAAAUCUAUAA